AUGACAGAGUUCAUCUCCUCAGCUUCUGUUUUCAGAGAUGACAGAGUUCAUCUCCUCAGCUUCUGUUGUCAGAGGGCCAUCUGUUGGAUGCUAGAGGGACAGGAAGGAGGACAGGCUGGACAGGAAGGAAGACAGGCUGGACAGGAAGGAGGACAGGCUGGACAGGAAGGAAGACAGGCUGGACAGGAAGGAAGACAGGCUGGACAGGAAGGAAGACAAGCUGGACAGGAAGGAGGACAGGCAGACAGGAAGGAAGACAGGCUGGACAGGAAGGAGGACAGGCUGGACAGGAAGGAAGACAGGCUGGACAGGAAGGAGGACAGGCUGGACAGGAAGGAAGACAGGCUGGACAGGAAGGAGGACAGGCUGGACAGGAAGGAGGACAGGCUGGACAGGAAGGAAGACGGGCUGGACAGGAAGGAGGACAGGCUGGACAGGAAGGAAGACAGGCUGGACAGGAAGGAAGACAAGCUGGACAGGAAGGAAGAUAGGCUGGACAGGAAGGAAGACAGGCUGGACAGGAAGGAGGACAGGCUGGACAGGAGUCAACCCUCACAUAUCUAGAUUGAACAAAAAAUAUAAACGCAACAUGUAAUGUGUUAAUCCGAUGUUUCGUAAACUGGAAUAAAACA